AUGGACUGUGGGCUACCUGCCACCCUCCAGCCCCCACUGGCUGUGCCACCUGGCACGGCCUGCCUCCCAGUAGCGGUGUGCCAGCAGGAGAGCCUGUCCUUUGUGGAGCUGCCCACCCUGCAGCCCCCAAGCUCGGUGUGUCUGGAUCUCUUCCCUGUCACCCCUGAGGAGCUGCAGGCCCCUGGCAGCCGCUGGUCCCUGGGGACCCCUGCUCCUCUCCAGGGGCUGCUAUGGUCGCCGGCCCCAGGAGUCCCAGACACCGAGCCCUCUCCCAGUGGGGGGAUGCGGCCCAGCAGGGCUGGCAGCUGGCCACACUGCCCUAGUGCCCAGCCUCCACCUCUGGAGGGGCCCUGGAGUCCCCAGCACACACAGCCUCAGCGCCGGGCCAGCCACGGCUCCGAGAAGAAGUCAGCCUGGCGCAAGAUGCGGGUGUACCAGAGCGAAGAGGCCCAUGGCGGCCCCGAGGCCCACGCCGUCUUCCUGGAGCCCGGCCAGGUGGCAGAGCCGGCCCGGAGCCCGGAGGAGCCCAGGCCUCCGGAGCCGGCGGGGCCCCCGCGCGGGGGCCUGGAAGGGCCUGAGCGGAGGCGCUUCUCGGCCUCGGAGCUGAUGACCCGGCUGCACUCCUCCCUGCGCCUGGGGCGGCACUCGGCGGCCCGAGCACCGGGCCCGGCGGGAGCGGCCCGGGAAGGGAAAGCGGCGCCGGGACGGGAGUCCAGCAGCGCGGAGAUGAGGGUGGAGGGCGCCGCGAUGGCAGCCCCUGCGGACCCCGGCGGCGGCGGGCCCGAGGCCAGGUUGGAGUCGCAGGAAGAGCCGGCUCCGGGCUCCAGAAGCGCCAGCGAGCGGCGACAGUCACGGUUCCUCCUGAACUCCGUCCUCUACCAGGAAUACAGCGACGUGGCCAGCGCCCGCGAGCUGCGGCGGCAGCAGCGCGAGGAGGAGGCCGCGGGGGACGAGGCCGAGGGCGCGGAGGAGGGGCCCGGGCCGCCGCGCGCCAACCUCUCCCCCAGCAGCUCCUUCCGCGCGCAGCGCUCGGCGCGCGGCUCCACCUUCUCGCUCUGGCAGGACAUCCCCGACGUGCGCGGCAGCGGCGUGCUGGCCACGCUGAGCCUGCGCGACUGCAAGCUGCAGGAGGCCAAGUUUGAGCUGAUCACGUCCGAGGCCUCGUACAUCCACAGCCUGUCGGUGGCCGUGGGCCACUUCUUGGGCUCAGCGGAGCUGAGUGAGUGUCUGGGCGCACAGGACAAGCAGUGGCUGUUCUCCAAACUGCCCGAGGUCAAGAGCACCAGCGAGAGGUUCCUGCAGGACCUGGAGCAGCGACUGGAGGCAGACGUCCUGCGCUUCAGUGUGUGUGACAUUGUGCUGCGCCACUGCCCCGCCUUCCGCCGAGUCUACCUGCCCUACGUCACCAACCAGGCCUACCAGGAGCGCACCUACCAGCGCCUGCUCCUGGAGAACCCCAAGUUCCCUGGCAUCCUGGCUCGCCUGGAGGAGUCUCCCGUGUGUCAACGCCUGCCCCUUACCUCCUUCCUCAUCCUGCCGUUCCAGAGAAUCACCCGCCUCAAGAUGCUGGUGGAGAACAUUUUGAAGCGGACGGCACAGGGCUCUGAAGACGAAGACAUGGCCACCAAGGCCUUCAAUGCCCUCAAGGAGCUGGUGCAAGAAUGCAAUGCCAGCGUGCAGUCCAUGAAGAGGACGGAGGAACUCAUCCACCUGAGCAAGAAGAUCCACUUCGAGGGCAAGAUCUUCCCGCUGAUCUCCCAGGCCCGCUGGCUGGUGCGGCACGGGGAGCUGGUGGAACUGGCCCCGCUGCCCGCGGCGCCCCCCGCCAAGCUGAAGCUGUCCAGCAAGGCGGUCUACCUGCACCUCUUCAAUGACUGCUUGCUGCUCUCCCGGCGGAAGGAGCUGGGCAAGUUUGCCGUUUUUGUCCACGCCAAGAUGGCCGAGCUGCAGGUGAAGGACCUGAGCCUGAAGCCCCAAGGCAUCCCCGGCCACGUGUUCCUCCUCCAGCUCCUGCACGGGCAGCACACGAAGCACCAGUUCCUGCUGAGGGCCCGCACGGAAAGUGAGAAGCAGCGAUGGAUCUCUGCCAUGUGCCCCUCCAGCCCCCAGGAAGACCAGGAGGUCAUCAGCGAGGGGGAAGACCGCCCCCAGGUGCAGUGUGUCCGCACGUACAAGGCCCUGCAGCCUGACGAGCUGACCUUGGAGAAGACUGACAUCCUGGCAGUGAGGACCCGGACCAGUGACGGCUGGCUGGAGGGUGUCCGCCUGGCAGACGGCGAGAAGGGGUGGGUGCCCCAGGCCUACGUGGAGGAGAUCAGCAGCCUCAGCGCCCGCCUCCGGAACCUCCGGGAGAACAAGCGGAUCACGAGUGCCACCAGCAAACUGGGGGAGCCCCCGGCGUGA